GGGCCUGAGCGGCCUCCGCCUCUUCAGAGGCCAGCCAAGAUGGCGGCCGGCGACAGCGACGAGGAGGAGGAAGAGCUGGUGACCUAUGGCGCCCCGCUGGAGCUGCUGGAGGAGGGUGAACGAAUUAAGAAGCCAAUUCCUAUCCAAGAGCAGAUGGUCAAAGAUGAAAAGGGACGAUAUAAACGUUUUCAUGGAGCAUUUAGUGGUGGUUUCUCCGCUGGCUAUUUUAAUACUGUGGGUUCAAAGGAAGGAUGGGCACCUUCAGCCUUUGUAUCAUCGCGCCAAAAGAGAGCAGAGAAGACAGUCUUGGGUCCCGAAGAUUUUAUGGAUGAAGAGGAUCUGGGUGAACAUGGGAUAGCACCAAAGGAAAUUACAGUUUCAGAUGAAUUUGCUUCCAAAAGCAAAGAUAAAAUAAAAGAGAAAGCCAGACAGAUUGCAGGGGUUGCUGCCCCCAUUCCUGGAGCGGUAUUGUUGGAUGAAUAUGUCGCACCUGCGAAGAUCACCAUUGGCAUUGAUUUGUUGCGAAAAAUGGGCUGGAAAGAAGGGCAAGGUGUUGGACCUCGAGUGAAAAGAAAAGCACGCAAGCAAACAUCUGAUCCUGGUGUGAAAAUCUAUAGCUGUGCUUUGCCCCCAGGAUCUGAAGAUUCGGAGGAAGAAGAUGAAUAUCAGCCAGAAAAUGUGACAUUUGCACCCAAAGAUGUGAUGCCUGUAGACCUGGCUCCCAAAGACAAUGUCCAUGGGCUUGGUUAUAAAGGCUUGGAUCCUUCUAAAGCCUUGUUUGGAGUUUCAGAGGAACAUGUAAAUGUUUUCAAUCCCAGUUCCGAAAAUUUGAUUGGUGAUCUGAGGCACAGUAAAGGGCGAAAACUGGGUAUCACGGGCCAGGCUUUUGGCGUAGGGGCUUUGGAAGAGGAAGAUGAUGAUAUUUAUGCUACUGAAUCGCUUUCCAAAUAUGAUACUGUCCUGAAAGAUGAAGAACCUGGAGACGGGUUGUUUGGUUGGACAGCACCUAAGCAAUAUAAAAGCAGUCCAGGAAUAGAAAAAAAAGUUAAGUACAUUGGGAAAAUUUUAGAUGGUUUCAGUCUGGCCUCUAAGUCGACAACCUCCCAAAAGAAGGUUUAUCUGCCUCCUGAUCUACCGAGGGAUUACAGACCAGUCCAUUACUUUCGACCUGUGAUAAUUGCGAGCAGUGACAACUCCCACUUGGUGCAGACCUUAGCAGAAUCUACUGGGAAGCUUGAGAGUGAGACAACACCUCAUAGCAGACACCAAAAAACUGCUACUCAGAGGAGGCAAUUGCUGGGUGAAAUGGCUCUGACAGGUCCAACAACAUCUGUUCUAGAGUAUCUGUCAAAUAAAGACAAAGAGCGAAUCAAAGAAGUGAAACAGACAGCAGUUCAGCAAGUAAAGACACCUGUUCAACAACCCUUGCAGAACCAAUUCCAGGCACCUGCCUUACGUGACACCCCAGAGGACUGGCAGUCGCUGUUGGGGUCCCAGGUGGCCUCUGCUGGUUCUAGUGGCUUCAAACCCUUUGCAUCGGAUCCAGAAAAACAAAAGAGAUAUGAAAAUUACAUUGAAAGACUUAAACAAGGAAAGAAAGAUGAACUAGGAAGCUGUUUAGAUCAAAGUAUGACAGAAUGGGAGCGCGGAAGGGAGCAAGAGGAGUUCCUUCGUUCCGCCAUGUUGUACAAACCCUCCAGCUCCGCCUUGUCGUCUAGAUUUACUCAUGGAAAGCACGAGGACGACACUGACAAAGUAGACGUUGCUCGGGAUCAAGAGACUGACCUUGACGACAAACAGGCAGCUGCAAAGAUGAAGAUGUUUGGCAAACUGACAAGAGAGAAGUUUGAGUGGCACCCUGAUAAACUACUGUGCAAAAGGUUUAAUGUUCCUGAUCCUUAUUCAGAGUCAAGUAUUGUUGGAUUGCCCAAAGUGAAACGUGACAAGUAUUCUGUAUUUAACUUCUUGACUGUCUCGGAGCCAGCACUAAAGAUGACGAGUCAGCCUAUGAACGUAGCAGUGCAGCCAAAUAACACUCCCAAUAAGCCAAAAAAGCCUUCAAGAUGGGAUGUCUCCGACAAAGAGCGAAAGAAAAAGGAUGCCAUUAGUGAGUUCAUAAGCUUGGCGAGAUCAAAGGUUGAUACUAAGGAGCAACAGCACCUCGCCGCAGAAUUCAAGGACAGCAAUAAGACAAAGGAAGCUGAUUCCAGUAAGAUGGUACAUGAAAAAACUGGCAUACAGGAAGAAGCAACAGAGGAAGAAAGCAGGCCAUCAAUGGAUUUAUUUAAAGCCAUCUUUGCCAGCUCCUCAGAUGAAAAAUCAUCAUCUUCUGAAGAAGAGAGUGAGGAGGAGGAGGUGGAGGAGGAGCUGCCUACGGGGGUGCCCGGACCAGACUUGGAUAGUAUGAAGCAUCACGAUCAGCCAGGUGCCCUUCCAUCUAAGGACAAAGAAAGUGAAGUGAUUGCUCCAGAGAUCUCCGUUACUGUAGCUCCACCUUCAAAGGAAGUCGUCAAUCAAGGAGAGGAGUUUGGACCAAGGCUGCCCCCGGUUGGUGGAUUUGGUGCUCUGCUGAAAAAUGAGGACACGCAAUUGAUGAGUUCUGAAGCCAGCAAGAAAGGGAGGCCGAAAAAGAGCAAAGAGAAACACAAGACCAAAAGAGAGCACAAACACAAAAAGGAAAAGAAAAAGAAACACAGGAAACACAAACACAAGGGAAAGCAUAAGAAUAAGAAAACUGAGAAAGCCAGUGGUUCAGACUCUGCCGAGAGCAGCGGAAGCCAGAGCGAAGAGGAGACCUCCGAUAUACCCCCCAAUAUACCCCCACAGGAGCUUUUACAAAGGCUAAAACAGCUUCCCCUCGUCAAACACUAGCUUGGAUUCUUGGACAGCAUAUAUCUUUUGGUCAAAGCAGAUCUCCUCUAUGAUGGCAGAUCAGCAAUUUAAAGCAUAUUUGAAUGUCCUGUAAAUAUUGUAUUUAUGUUGAAUUUGAUAGCGUUAAAACAUGCUGCUUUUGACAGUUCCUAGUUUUAAAAAAAAACAGAUGAAAUAUGGAAUGUUGGCAAAGACUUAAUUUUUCAUCUGACUUCAAAGUAUUCUCAUGUUAAAAUGAAUCAUGCAGUAUGCAUUUUAAUGAAGAUGAGCAUGAGUAAAUUUUAAUAAAUGGAACUUACCACUC